GAUUAUAAUCCAGCUAUUCUUGUUGCUUGGGAAGAAAACAUGGAUAUUCAGUUUGUAGGUGAAAAAUCUACGUUAUUAACUUGGUAUACUACAAAAUAUGUUUCCAAAGCAGAAAAGAGUAAUAAUGCAGAAGAUACAUUUCAAAAGAUAAAUUCAACAAAAUCGUUGAGCAGUUGUCUUUGGAAUAUUGGAGUGCGCAUGUUGAAUCACAGGGAAUGUGGAGCUCUUGAAGCUGCUGACACUUUGUUAGGAAUAUCAUUAUACGGAACUGACAAGGAAACGACUAUAAGAUGGUUAGAUGUAAAUAUGAUUAGAAGUAGAAAAGUUAAGUCUCACAAAGAGAUUGAAAUGUUAAAUUCUGAAUCGACCGAUAUUUUUUGUCCUUCUUUAAUUGAUACAUAUUAUCCGAGCAGACCUAAAGAACUAGAAUCUACUAAUUUGUAUGAGUAUACAAAAUGGUAUGAUAUUACGAAAGAUAAACCAAUUUCUAAGAAAAUAAAAUAUUACGUGCUCGGUGAAUCUUUAUAUUUAAGGAAACGUAAACGUGGAUAUCUUAUCAAUCAUUACGAAUACAAUGUCCAUACUCAACCAGAGCGUUACUACUUUUCAUUAUUGUUAUUAUUUCAGCCUUGGAGAGAUAUUAGUGAAUUAAAGAAUGAAUGUGAUAGGUAUGCAGAAACAUUUUCUUUAGUACAAUUUAAAUUGAAAGACGCUCUUCAGUAUCACGAAAAAAUAACCGUCAUUCAGCAAGGUAUAGAUAAUAUUAAAGAAUUAAUACAAGAAAAAAUUUCAGAAAUUAGAAAAGAUGAAGAGGAAAAUUACUGUCCUGAAAAUUGUGCAUUAGAAUGUGUUCCUGUCGAAGUUGAAGGAACAAUGAGGGACUUUAAAGAUAUUAAUGAAGAUAGUAAUAAAUUUGAAGUUAACGUCGAUGAAAUGGUGACGCAAUUAAAUACUGAUCAAAAACGAAUCUUUGAUAGAAUUACUGCUGCUGUAUCUGAUGAUAAUAAUGAAGUUCUUAGACUUUAUGUUAGCGGUGAAGGUGGUACUGGAAAGAGUUUUUUGAUCAAAACUAUUAGAUGUUGGAUUAAAAAAUAUAUUGGAGACAAAGACACAGCGGUAACUGCACCAACCGGUAUAGCAGCUUUUAAUAUUGAUGGACUUACUAUUCAUAGAUUAUUUCAAUUGCCAGUAGAACAUGGCCGUACUGCUAAAUAUAAACAACUCUCUGAUAUAGCCCUUAAAGUUAUACGGGACGAACUUAAGAAUGUUGUUUUAAUUAUUAUUGACGAAGUUUCAAUGAUUUUAAAUAUUACAUUAAUGUACAUUCAUCUUCGACUAACAGAGAUAUUUAAUACCAUGGAUUGUGAUAAUGGAUGGUUCGGCAAAAACCAUAUACUUCUUUUUGGAGAUUUAUUGCAACUUCCACCUGUACAUGAAAAUCCGCCUUUUAUUAAAUUAGCAAAAUUACAAAGUCAGAAGUAUGUUGGUGCAAUGGGCUCUGUAAAUUUAUGGUCUUUAUUCAGUUAUGAUGAAUUACAAAUUAAUGUGCGACAACAAGGUGAUGACUCUUAUCGAGAUAUAUUAACGAGAAUUCGAGUUGAAACACUAACAGAUUCGGAUGUAAUUAUUUUAGAAACGAGAAAAAUUAAUUUUAGAGAAACUAAUUGUGACGACCGAUUACAAGCAUUAUGUAAUUACUUACAAAAUUUACCAAUGGAUACAGUUUGUUUACUUCCAACUUGUGCAUUAUGUGAUGUUUUGAAUACUGCAAUGUUAGAUCGUAUUUCUUCAGAUAAGAUAGAACUCAUUGCUGAAGAUCUGGCAGAAUGUGCAUCAUAUUUAAAGAAAAACGUUAUGAAGAUAUUAAAUAAAGACGAUGAAGAUAGUUCUCGAACAGCUGGAUUAGCAAGAAUCAUAACUGUCAAAGUAGGAGCGCGUGUAAUGCUUAGAAGAAAUAUCGAUAUUAGUUUAGGUCUUGUGAAUGGUACCAUUGGUACAAUUAUAUCAAUUAUACAUAGCGCAAUUGACAAUAAAGUAGAAAAAAUAAAGAUAAGAAUGUCAUCAGGAAUAGAGCAUAUUAUAGAACGUUUAAGUGUCAAAUUUGAAGUAAUGGAUAGAGCAUUUGUUAUAAGAAAACAAUUUCCUAUAUGUCUAAGUUAUGAUAUGACUAUCCAUAAAAGUCAAGGCUUGAGUUUAAAGCAUGCUGUUGUGGAAGCUGGAAAUUCUAUAUUCAGUUGGGACAAAUAUAUGUCGCUCUUUCACGAGUAACUACGUUGAGUGGAUUGCACCUUAUAAAUUUUGAUCCCUCUUCUGUAAAAGCAAAUGAGUUAGCUAUAAUAGAAUAUAACAGAUUACGAACACAAUAC